AUGGCUUCAAACCCUCCACAGGCGAUGUCGCCUGAACAAAAAGCAAUCACCAAUGCCAAAUCGCUUUUCACUCAGCUUAAUAGCGGAGAUCAACUGUUUCAAAGCUGUGUCAGCCAGACGACCAGUAUCUCGCAUCUCGUACAAUAUGUUGAUGGAGAACAGCGCAAGCACAAGAACAAAGCUUCUUCUAAGCUGCUGGAGCAAUUCCAGCGACAUACGGAAGGACUUCAGUCACUUUCUUCUCUAAUAGAGCUUGCGGUGCAGAUAAAGGCAGACUGCUUUUGUCCACUAUGGGCCCCGGUGAAAUUCAUUCUUCAGAUAUCUAGAUCUCACUCAUUUGUUGUGCAUCAUAUAACGGCUAUGGUGGAGAUUUUGACGGAGAAUCUAUCGCGCAUUGAGCUUUACCAGAAUUUGCAAAGGGAUCCAAAUAUGCAAACAGAACUACUUCAUAUUUUCAAUGAUGUGGUUGGCUUUUGCGUCGAAGCUCUUGUUUUCUUUCAGCGUCGCACCUCAGCUAACAUUUUUGAAGAGUAUCGCAGAGAACAAGAACGACUGAGGAUAAUUAGCUCACUUGGGGCUGCAAACAUGCGAGAAGCCCACCAGAGAAAAGUCCAAGCCAAAGUGCCACAGACGUGUGAAUGGAUACUUUCACACCCUACUUUUCUUCAGUGGGAAACAUCUAAAAGCCAAGAUGCCAUAGAUCGCUUUCUAUUCAUUUCAGGAAAAAGCGGCUGCGGUAAAAGCGUUCUUGCGUCAUCCGUUACUGAGGCAUUGAAACAGCGAGGGAUGCGAACGAUGUACUUUUACUUCUCCGGCCUCGAAAGAAGUCAACAGGACGCUGAUAAUCUAGUACGAUGGCUUUUGCUAGAUACUUUGCAAUUAAUACCGGAUGAAGCAGUGCAAAAUACUAUCAAAUCGAUUUUCUCGACAGGCGAUCCUACGUCGCUUGAUCUCUGGGGAGCAUUUGGCAACAUCAUGGCUAAAUCUCAAACACAGACGUACCUUGUUGUCGAUGGAAUUGACGAAUGUCAGGAUUUGACUGGCGGCCUAUUUGCGCAACUUCGUGGCAUUAGCAACAGCUCUACUCGCCUUAAGAUUGCAUUGCUCGGCAGAUCACAUGUUUUUGAAGGGCAGACUUCAACUCACCGGAUUCACGUCACCAAUGAUCUUCUACAGGCCGAUCUCAAGUCUUUCAUCACAACUGAAACGCAAAAGAGCGAGCUUCUAAAGCAAAAAAAUAUUCGGGAAAUGAUCAUAAAUGGCCUCCUAGAGAAGGCGGACGGAAUGUUUCUCUGGGCGCGGUUGUCAAUUAAUGAGCUGUGUGAGGCAUACAGUCUGGACGACAUCAAGCGAAUAUUACAACGCUUGCCACCAGGAAUUGAAAAUACAUACGACCGAAUUUUACAUGAGAUUAUCUUGUCAAAAGGAGAGACUGGAUUAGCAUGCACGAAAAUUAUCCUAGGAAUUCUCGUUGCAUCUGGGAGAACUUUGGAACUGAAAGAGCUUCAACACGCUUAUGCCAUUGCAUCUCGGAUGGGCCAACCCGAGUAUGAAAGGGACAGCAUUGGUGCAUACAAAGGUCCUGAUCCCGCGAAAUUGUUCUUACGGGCUUGUCGAGGAUUGAUAAACAUUGAGAAUGACAGGGUCAGUCUGGUUCAUUUGACGGUAAAGGAGUAUUUGACAAGAGCCGAAACGCGAUGGAACCCCGAAAUCUCAACGCUACGAAUUGGGUUGACAGAAGCUCACGAGCUUUUUUCCAAUGUUUGCGUUGAGAGCAUCAAUAACAACGGAUUUGAGUGGUUUCACAACCGAGAAGGUCUAUUUAUGUCUCAAGACCUAGACUAUCCACCUCUUUUCUCCUACGCAUUCAAGUUCACCAUAUAUCAUCUCAACAGAAUAAAAGAUCCAAAUCCAGACACCCUAAUUCGAAUCAAGAAUUUUGUUGACGCACACUUCGUUUCCUGGUAUGAGAUGCUUAUUGUAGCCUGCUUUACGGAUGGACCUAUGGCCGUGACGAUGCAAGAGUUUUGGGAAGCUGUUGAAUGGCUUACUGAUGAUCCAUUCGGUAUCAAUAAGUCAGUGGGCACUAUGAAGCAACAGUUUCAGACGAUAUAUCAAGCACAUGCUGGUAAUUACUGGCAAUCUCAGAGAUUGCGUCUUUUGGGCCAAUUCUUCAAUUUCGUCGAGGAAGAUGAUUCAAAUACUUCUCGUUUGGCGCCAAUUUCCAAACAAAAAGCGAAAACUUUAAGCCAAAGAGCCAAGCCACCAACACAGGAAAAUCUUUCUCAGGUUAUUCAAUUAUUGGCGGAUCAUCACGCACUCCCAUUGUCGAAACAAGCCGACUUGAUGUCGAAGCUUGGACAAAUAUUUCGCAGACAGGGGCACAUGAGGGAUCUGUUGAGUCCGUUUGACAUAUUGUUCCGCCUAUUCAAAAACAAGAUUAACAGCUUCCCAACCGUCGUCCUUAUUGGAUUUGGUGGACUGUGUAGGUCGCUUAAAAGGCCUCAAAAUGCCAUGGAGAUAUUCAACACUGUACUGACUAGGUUGGAUGAUAACGAUGAAGAAAUGAGGUAUUGGGUCUGGGAGAUCAUAGGCUUUACCUAUGAAGAUAUGGAAGAUCAUGAAGCAUCCUUUAAUGCGCACCAAACAGCUUGGGCUGGACGGCGCGUUUUACUAGGUCCUAAGCACAGGAAGACAGCGGACAGCAUCUAUUGGAUGGGAAAAGCACGUUACCAGCAGAAAAAAUAUGCUGAGGCAGAGGAAUACCUACGCCAAGCUCUAUCGCUACGUAAAGAGGCAUGUGGGCUCAAAGACCAAGAUACGGCAUCUGUCAUGUUUUGGCUUGGAUCUUCACGUUACCGACAAGGCAAUUUUAACGACGCAGAAGAGGACUUCCGUCAAGCUGCAUCAAUACGUAAAUUUGUUACUGGGGGUAAACACAAAGACACGGCAGUCAGCAUGCAUUGGAUCGGACUCUCACUUGAGAAGCAAAAUAAAUUUGCUGAAGCAGAAGGCUUUUUCCGCCAGGCUGCCUCUAUAAGAGGAGCGAUUUAUGGAAAUAAGCAUAAAUCAACAGCAAGUAGCAUAUCCUGGCUCGGAAAUUCACUUUUUUCCCAGGCCAAAUAUGCCGAAGCUGAGAUUUACUUUCGCAAGGCUGCUGUUAUACACACGGCAAUUCUUGGUGCUCACCGAGAAACGGCGAUAUGUAUAAGUGCCCUUGGGCAAUCGCUCUAUCGGCAAAAAAAGUAUACUAAAGCGGAGGAGCAAUUCCGUCGCAGCCAACGGAUAAUAGAACAGAAGGGCCUUGAUCGGAAAGAUAAGGAUAUCAUGUUGAAUUCAUUACUUUUGGGGUUGGCAUUCUGCUGCCAGCGCCAGUUCAACGACGCAGAGAGGAUCCUUCGGUCAACGUUUACGACCCCGCCAGAUAAGGCGGCUGAUUUAAUAAGCUUUCAAGCUCUUGUAUGGCUUGCUCGAGUAUUACACUAUCAACAGAAGAAUUUCGAAGCUGAAAGGACUCUUACCGCAUUGUUACCUAUGAGCGAUGGGAAGUGUGACCUGAACAAUGACUACAGCCGGACUAUUAUAUUGUUCUUGGGCCGAUCCCUAAAUGCACAAGCGAAAUAUAGCGAGGCCGAGUCAGUAAUGCGCCAAGUAGUACUUGAUGAAUACAAAAAGAUGGGAUCAGAGAGAGCUAGCAUGGACGAAGGAUACGAAAUUCUGAGGACAGUUGGUGAAUAUGAGGAUGAUGCUGAUGAUGAAGGAGAGGGCUCCGAACCAGCAGAGGAGAAUGAAGAGGAUAACGUAACAGAAGAUGAUUUGGAGACUGACACUGGGAGUGAGACAGGAACUGAUAAUGGGGAGGAUUUUGGGUUUCGCGAGGAGUGGGAGUACUGUCAUGUGCACGAGAUCUUCUCAGAAUAUCUCACGACAGGCCAACAUCUUGAACGUGAAGGGAAGAAGGUCGAAGCUGAAUCAGUAUAUUCUUUUCUGAAGUUGGUCGAAUGGAUAUAG